AUGGUGGAUGGACUUCGUGUAUUUAGUUGUCUUCAGAUAGGCCCGCGUUUUAGACUGUAAAUGUUCCAUGUUGUCUUAUUUUCCAAAAACAUGUGCAUAUUUAUACGAUUUAUUCGCUUGUAUGGUUUACUUUUCUUGUGGUCUACAACCGUUAUUUGAUAUUUUUAUCGGAUAUUUUCAAACAGUGUCGAUUCUCCACCGGCGGAGCAACGGCCAGCGUGUCUUCGAGCAGGAAAAAGCGCCAACUUCUUUUUGCACCGUCUGAAUAGUGAAACAGCGGAGUAAAUUAUUUGAAUGACUGUACAUUCGUGAAGAUAUAUUAAACCUGAAGCUGGAAUGACUCAUUUAGUGAGCUGCGCUGUUUGGUCUCAGUAAGAUAUUAAGGAGAAAGAUGUCAGGACCGCUGGCUGAGAAUGCUGGAGCAGGUCAGGGGAGUCCGGUGAAAAGGAACAAACUCUCCUUAAAGUUCUUCCAGAAGAAGGACACGAAACGAGCUCUGGAUUUCUCCGAACCUCAGGCAGCAGAAGCCAAAACGCCAGAAGCGGAGGAUUCUGCGGCGAGCUGUGAGCAUGCGGUCUAUGGUCCCGCCCCCUGUCCAGCCUCACCUGGCCUUCCAGUCACAUGUGAGAAGAAAGAAAACUUGGUGCCUUUUGUGGGUCUCAACAAUCUUGGCAACACCUGUUACCUAAAUAGCAUCUUGCAGGUUCUGUAUCACUGCCCUGGGUUCAGACAAGGUGUUAAGAAGCUGUACGACCUUUCCAAAAGAAGGAAAAAACUAGCGGAUGAAACUGAUAAAAACGAAGAGUCUCAAAGUCAGCAGUCGAAGUGUGCGUCUGAGACUCUGCCAGCUCACAUCGAGCUCCUUGGGAGCUUCAACAGCCUGAUAACCUCAGUGGAGCAGCUGCAGUCCAGCUACCUGCUCAACCCUGACGGCUUCGGUGAAGGAGAACUGGCCACACCACCUCGCAAAAUACUUCACACCAUCAGGCAGCUGAACCCUAUGUACGAAGGCUAUCUCCAGCAUGAUGCUCAGGAGGUUCUGCAGUGCAUCCUGGGAUAUAUUAAGGAGGCCUGUGACACCAUCAGAAAGGAGCAGGAGCUAGAAAGAAAGGACGAUGAUGGUGAUGAUAGAGAUGUUAAAACAGAGAAUGACAUUCCCUCAGAUUCUAGUUGCUCUGGGCCUGAAUCCAAAGCUUCUGCGGACGAGGACGGACACAUCCGUGGCAAGAGGAAGAGCGACACCGAGGUGGGAAAUGCCAAGAAGAAGCCAAAGUCUGGCAAGUCUAAGAAGUCAGAGUCUGCAGAGGGAAGCAUCUGUAGAAACAAACCCUUCACUCGCUCUAAAAGAAAGUCCUCCAGUGACAUCACCGUGGACGCUGCUCAGAGUAAAGACGGAGAGGAGGAGAAGAUGAAGGACCUGAACAGGGAGGAAAGGAACGAAGGAAGAAAAGAUGAAAAAGCAUCUACUAAAGAAAUGGGUGGGAAAAGGAAGAAGAGAACGACGCUAGGUUGGCUGAGAUCAUCAGGGAAACAGCCGAGUAUAUUCUCUAAGUUCUGCAGCGUUGGGAAGAUCAGCUCCACAACUCUGAAAAAUCCGUGCAAAUCAGAGCAGGAAAACGGACCAUCGGAGGAGCCAAAGGAGAGGACUGAUCAACAAUCCGCACCUCAGAAGUCCGCUGAAGGCGAAACAGAGAAACCCCGAGACGUCCUGGGCUUGAUGGAGAAGUUGUUCCAGGGCCGACUGGUGCUGAGGACUCGCUGUCUGGAGUGUGAGAGCUUCACGGAGCGGAGAGAGGACUUCCAGGACAUCAGUGUGCCAGUGCUCAAUGACCAGCCCAGCAGCCCAGAGGACCUCUCUGAAGUUUCUCCUGACCCUAAGCCUGAGAUGAAGACUCUGACCUGGGCCAUUUCUCAGUUUGCCUCUGUGGAGCGCAUCGUUGGGGAAGAUAAAUACUUCUGUGAAACCUGCCGUCAUUACACAGAGGCUGAAAGAAGUCUGCUGUUUGACAAAACUCCUGAACUCAUCACCAUUCACCUGAAGCGCUUCUCUGCCAGCAGCUUAGAGGUGGACCCGUAUGCCGGCCUUUCCAAGGUGAACACCCCCUUACAGACGCCACUGACCCUGUCGCUAACAGAGUGGUGUACAAACCCCUCUGCUGCUACAGGGCAGCAGUACGAACUGUUUGCUGUGGUCAUGCACAGCGGUGUCACCAUCAGCAGCGGCCACUACACCACCUACAUCCGCAUGUCCGACCUGAAAGAUGCCAAGGUCUGGCUGCAGGACGAAAAAGAGAGUGAAAUGGAAGAUGUGAAGGAGAAUAAAGAUGGUGCACAUAAAGACGAAGGUCCGGCCUUCGAUGACGGCGAGGUGUCAGUCAGCCUGAGCACAAGGGGGCAGAGGCGAGCAGGUUUGGCUAACACUAAAUCGGGAAGCAAAAAGCUUUUGGAGGGUGGCGUUGGGCUCUUGGGAGGACAGAGAAAUGUGUCCAAUUGCGAGCUGGGAAGCACAAGCAAAGCAGGCGAUUGUGGAGCAGCAGAGGGAUCCAAACGUAAAAAGACGUUAAACAACUCCAGCAAGAACACGGACGGACUCAAAAAGGAGCCAGAGGAGGCAGCCGCGGCUCAAUCUGGGGGGAUGGAGACAACAGAGCAGCAGGCUUUAACCAGGCUGCUGGAGUAUGAUGGAAAAUGGCUACUGUUUGAUGACUCUGAGGUUCGUUUAUUUGAGGAGGAGGACUUUCUACGAGCCUGCUCCCCCGAGACGUGCUCUUCAUCCACACCGUACCUGCUGUUCUACAGAAGGAUGCCUGAGCCCAGACGCUAAAAUAAACACGAGAUACAUGUAGACACAAGUAUAUCUGUAAUUGGUGGUGCCAAAAACAUUUAUUGCCAUUUUAACAUGUUAUCAUGUUUGUUUCCACUGUAGAAAGCAGUACCUGCAACAGUCUCCUCCUUUAGGACCAAGGCCAGUUUAAUGCACACUUAAGCAGGGGCACACUUUAUAAAAACCAGCUGAUUUUAAAGUCUGAUUGCCCUUUUUUUUGUACACAUCAGGGAUGACUAAGCCUUUUUUUCUACAGUCUUAGUUGUUUGUAGUGGUAUAUUUUUGACACUGGUUUUUAAUACAUGUCAUGCCUUUCUUCUUUUGUUCUUGUCUGUAAGGGUUAUUUCUAGUGUGGUAAAAGCACUUUCCUUUAGAUCGAAGGCAAGAGGUCUCGGAUUUAUUUUCUCCGUGUGACAGAAUUUGCAAAAAUGUUUUUUAUGCAUUAUUUUCUCAAGUAGUGCCAUCGUGUUUUUUUUUUUUUGUUUUUUUUUGCAUAAUCUCCAGCUUGUAUAGCUUGAUUUUUUUGUUUGUUAUUUACUCUGCUUUGGCCUUCAAUCGGUGAAAUUCAUUUUAUAAGACUGAAACGAGAACGGCAGCAGAUUUGAACAUAUUUGCUGUUAGGCUUUCAAAAGUGAUUCGCCUGUGUGCAGUUUGUUUAGAAAACCAGGUUUUUGUAUCACAUUUUAUAUGGUUAAGGGCAACUCUUAAAUUAAAAUCAUAUCAUUAGUUAUUAAAAAGAUCUGCAAUAUAUUUCCAGGAAGAAAGGUGUUAAAGCUGCUCACCUAAAACCUUUAUUAUUUUUUUUGUUUUUCUUGUCUUGGCGUUAAAGCUUUUGCUUUUAAUGAAGGGCAUAGGGAUGUUUUACUGAUCACAGAUCUACUUUCUGCUGCUGAAGGCCUGCACAUAUUCUGCAGACAAACUAAAACAAUAUCAAAGUUCUUUCUGGAGAUGAUUUUUGAUGCUUAACAAGAAAUCAAGUGCAGAACAUCAGGGAAGUCCUCAUAGGUCCAUCCCACUGCAGCGGCUCACCAGCGUAAUAACCACGCCCACUUAACAUUUCCAUCCAAUCACAAAGUUCUGUCCAGAAAAUGUUUAACAAAACAAGUUGCAAGAGAUCCAAGUCUAGACUGAAUUAUAUAUAUUUUUUUCCUGCAGCCUUGGGUGAGCGAACAAUGAAUUAUAAUCAACAGAUUAAGGAUUUGAGUCCAGAAAAAUGUCCCAGUUAAUUGUCAAAAAAAUGAAGAUUAAGUAUUGUGCUCUGUUGACUUUUUCAACAAGGGUAUCCGUCUUAGCCAGAAUGAAAUGUUUUCCUCUACAUCCUGAGGUAUAGUUUUUGUUUUGCUUGAGGAUUUUCUUCAGAGCAUAAAAAGCAACCCUGAUGAGUGCAUCAAACUGCACUCCAUACCAGCUGUAAUUACCUUUAGGUUAGCAAUAAAGUUUUUACCUUCA